CGACAUAUCGACAAUCUUUUGUUUGUUUACUUGGCAACUUCUGAUACUGGUACCAAAGCGAAACACAAAAGACGAGAUUCUAAAACACGAAUAAACUUCAAGCUCGGCUAGGUCAAUUGACCACCAGGCGGGGGCGGGGCCGGCCGUUUGUGUCCCUUUUACAAAGGUGCGGCGAGCUUUCCGAGUAGGAAGGAAGAUCAAAACAUAUUCUUUUCCAAUAGAACUGUGUUGAUCCCUAGCUGGAAGUGGAAAGAGUAGACAUGGCAGGCGAUGGAGAAACACACGGCGGUGGCGCGCUGCAAACGGCCAAGGAUCUGGCUUCUGGAGCGGCCGGUGGUGUUGCGCAGGUACUCAUUGGCCAGCCGUUCGACAUCGUCAAAGUCCGCCUGCAGACCACGACGGCCUACCCGUCCGCCCUCGCCGCCGCGACGUCAAUCUACAAGAACGAGGGCGCGCUAGCCUUCUACAAGGGCACGCUCACACCGCUGAUCGGCAUCGGCGCCUGCGUCUCUGUGCAGUUCGGCGCCUUCCACCAGGCCCGGCGGUGGUUCGAAGCCCGCAACGCCCGCGACCUGUACCCGGGCGACGCCGUCCUCUCCGCCGGCGCCAACCCACCACCUCUCAGCUACGGCCAGUACUACGCGGCGGGCGCCUUUGCCGGUGUGGCAAACUCGGUGAUAUCCGGACCGAUCGAGCACGUGCGCAUCCGGCUGCAGACGCAACCGCACGGCGCGGCGCGGCUGUACAACGGGCCUAUCGACUGCGCGCGCAAGAUGGGCGCCGCGGCCGGCGGUAUUCUUCCUGGCCUGUACCGUGGCGAGGCCGUGACGAUCCUGCGCGAGGCGCAGGCCUACGGCUGCUGGUUCUUGGCCUUCGAGUGGAUGAUGAACCUCGACGCGGCCAGGAACAACAUCUCGCGCAAGGAGGUGCCCAGCUACAAGGUCGCCUUGUACGGAGGCCUGGCCGGCGAGGCCCUAUGGCUCGCCAGCUACCCGUUCGACGUGAUCAAGUCAAAGAUGCAGACGGAUGGGUUUGGGGAGCAUGCCAAGUACAAGAGCAUGCGCGACUGCUUCGCCCAGACGUUCAGGGCAGAGGGCCUGAGGGGCUUCUGGAAGGGCAUCGUGCCCACGCUGCUCAGGGCCAUGCCCGUCAGCGCGGGGACGUUUGCCGUCGUCGAGAUGGCCAUGAGGGCGAUGAAUUAA